CGUCAGAACACCGGCCGGCUGCUGUCAGACCAGCACGAGUUCUGCUCCUGACGCAGCUCCAGUCUCACACCUCUGUCCUCUUCUCCCGGCGGAGGGGACCUUGUGCUUAAAACCUUUGCGGCAUGGCGGAUUUGUUUUGUCCACGAGCAUGUUUUUGAGAUAUGAGUCAGCGUAACACAAUAUACAAGGUUGCCGGCAGCCUGUGUGUUUGAUCUUGAGGGAGGGGAAAGGGGAGCCAAGAAUAUGGAGCUUUCAGAUGGCCUGUUGCUGCAGGUCAACAAUGGGGAGCAGUGGUGUAACCGCUGGAAACAUCCCAUCGAAGAGUCAGACCGCAGCACCAGUCCUUCAGUCCUGCGUUGUGUCGCCAGCACGUGGAAGGAGGGCCUGCUCAACAGAAAAAGACCCUUCGUGGGUCGAUGCUGUCACUCCUGCACACCGCAGAGCUGGGAACAACUGUUCAAGCCCAGCAUUCCGUCUCUAGGGCUGCGUAAUGUCAUCUACAUCAAUGAGACCCACACAAGGCAGCGGGGCUGGUUAGCGCGCAGGCUGAGUUAUGUGCUGUUUGUCAUGGAGAGGGACGUCCACAAGGACAUGUUCACCAGAAACGUGGUGGACAAGGUGCUCAACAGCAGCAGGGUUGAGGCGGCAAUCGUGACAGUGGCCACAGAUUUGGAAGCCGCAGCCAGUCACCCUGGCCAGGAGCCCAAAGCGGUCAGUAAAGUAAAGCAGAAAGCCAGAUCCUUCCUACAAGAGAUGGUGGCCAACGUUUCCCCAGCAUUUAUUAGGCUAACAGGGUGGGUACUCCUGAGGCUGUUUAAUGGUUUCUUCUGGAGCAUCCAGAUCCAUAAAGGACAACUGGAAAUGGUCAAGAAGGCGGCCACAGAGCAAAAUGUGCCCAUGGUCUUCCUCCCCGUUCACAAAUCCCACAUCGACUACCUGCUCAUCACGUUGAUCCUGUUCUGUCAUAACAUUAAAGCCCCACAUAUCGCCGCUGGAAACAAUCUGAGCAUACCCAUCCUAAGCACCCUGAUCCGUAAACUUGGAGGAUUCUUUAUAAGGCGGAGGAUGGAGGAAACGGGGGACGGGAAAAAAGACGUUUUGUACCGCUCUCUUCUACAGACAUAUAUAGAGGAAUUGUUGCGUCAGCAGCAGUUUCUGGAAGUCUUCUUGGAGGGUACUCGGUCCCGCAGUGGUAAGCCAUUCCCUCCGCGGGCAGGCAUGCUGUCCAUCGUGGUCGACACUGUGUGCACGGGGGCCAUCAGAGAUGUGCUGGUGGUACCAGUCGGCAUCUCCUACGACCGCAUUAUUGAAGGCAACUACAAUAGUGAGCAGCUGGGCAAACCCAAGAAGAACGAGAGCUGGUGGGGAAUAGCAUGUGGAGUGUUCAGGAUGCUGAGGAAGAACUACGGCUGUGUCCGUGUUGAUUUCAACCAGCCUUUCUCCCUAAAGGAGUAUUUGGAUUCCCAAAGGAGCCGCCAUAUUCCACCACCAGUGUCCCUGGAGAAAGCCUUGAUGCCCACUAUUAUUUCUGCACAGCCUGAUGCACAGCUGUAUGAUGGUCAAGAAGAGCAACUGGACAGAGAGCUGGCUGAUGAGAUCUUUAGACGGCAGCUUAUUAACAACCUGGCCAAGCAUGUGCUCUUCACUGCGAAUAAGUCAUCAGCAAUCAUGUCGACCCACAUUGUGGCGUGUUUGCUGCUGUACAGACACAGACAGGGGGUUGUGUUGUCCAAACUCGUGGAGGACUUUUUCAACAUGAAGGAGGAGAUUUUGUCCCGGGACUUCGACCUGGGCUUUUCAGGCAACUCUGAGGACGUGGUAAUGCGUGCCCUCCACCUCCUGGGGAACUGCGUCAACGUGACCAGCAGCGCCAAUCGCAACGGAGAGUUUACUAUCGCUCCCAAUCAGACGGUGCCAGCGCUUUUCGAGCUUAACUUCUACUGCAAUGGCCUUUUCCAUAUCUUCAUUUCUGAUGCAAUUAUUGCGAGUAGCAUCCUGUCACUGCAGAGAGAGCUAAUGAUGGAGUCAGAGUCGGAUCAGCAGCCUGAGGAUCCCAGGAGUCUCCUCCUCAGUCAAGAGAGGCUGAUCCGUAAAGCCGCUGGUCUCUCCUACUUCCUCACCAACGAGGUGGCUAUAGCACCACCAUGCCAGACAAUUUACCAGAUUUUCCAUGAUGCAGUAUCUCGGCUGAUCCAAUACGGAAUCCUCUAUGUGGCAGAGGAGGACCAGGAAGAACUGAGCCCCAGCCCCACAGAGGAACCUUGGUCCAAAAAGUUCUCAGAACCUCUUUCCUGGAGGAGCGAUGAAGAAGACGAGGACAGUGACUUCGGAGAGGAGCAGCGAGACCGCUACCUAAAGGUGAGCGUCUUACCGGAGCACCAGGAGUUCUUCAUCUUCCUCCAGCGCCUGCUCAGCCCGGUGCUGGAGGCCUACAGCGGGGCGGCCAUCUUUGUGCACAGUCUGAGUCAGCCCAUGUCUGAGUCUGAAUACACGCAGAGGCUCUUCAGAUACCUGCUCACACGCACAGAGAGAGGAGUGGCUGCAUACGGAGAAAGUGCAACUCAUUACCUUGUCAAGAACACAGUGAGGACAUUCAAAGAGCUUGGGGUCCUAAAAGAGAGAAAAGAGAACAAGGUGACAACUUUGGAGCUCAGCAGCACCUUUCUACCUCAAGCCAAUCGAAAUAAACUCCUGCAGUACAUCUUGGGUUUCAUCCUGCUGUGACGGACAUUACCUUUGCAGACCCAGGCACCUUCCAACAAAGGGCUUCUACUGGUUACUUCUAAACAAUCCCAGGUGCUACUCUGUGGAAAGCUUUACCAGGAAGUGCCUUCGUGUAAAAUCCACUAACUGUUGGCUGUUAGCUGGAAGCGACUUGAAGCCAGUCUUCCCUAUUUUGUUCCGACUAUCUGCAGUUGAUUUAAUGCAUGUGUAGUUCUUUGAAAAACUACUUCCAGGAAACCAACUUGUCUUCGGGAGUAUCGCCAGCAAAGUUAGUUUUAAUCUGAUUAAAAUUUUAAACUGUUAAAAAAAAGAUGAAGAAACAACUACUCGAGCUGGCUAGAAAAUGAAAUUACUUUUACAACAAUACAAACAAAAGAAGCUGCCUUAUAGCCAAGUCAACUGGUAAAUAAAAUAUGCAUAUAGUUACUAACUGUAAACACAACUAACACUAAAGGCAUUUUUAUGUUGACUCUCUGUGCUCAUUCUAAAACUGCUAUAAUCUCUUUAGCGUCCUCUGAUUUCAAACCGUAGAAAAUGUUAAAAUGUAGUUUCACAAACGGCUAAGAGACUCUUGUAGAUACAGUAUAUCACAGAAACAAUGCCACAUGUGUAUAGUGCAUGUACGUACAUGCACUCUGGUGUCAUAAGGAUGAAAUGUAUAAACAUUUGACCCGAAAAAUGGCGUGACAUUUGAGAGGUGCGGUGUCCCGGUAAAAUAUGUACAUAUUCAAAUCCUCAUUGGAAAAAAUAACAUUUAAAUCUCUCAGUUCAGUCGACGUCAGCUAGUCUUCACGACUACUUGUUAACGUCAUCAAAGCAGUUAGCCGCAAGGUACAGUAGUCCAAACAUUUAGAAAUAUCUAUUCAGCAACUACAAAACGUACCCAUUGAAAUGUUGGUACACUUGAGGCCUGAAAUCACUUACACCGGAAGUUAAGUGCAUUCAAACCACUGCUCUCUAAGUGCAUUCAGUUAUAGCUUUCAUCAAGAGUGUUGAUGAAAAAUGAUUUUUCUGCAGCAACUUUCACUUUUCAAUGAAUGUUACAUCACGCAGCACUUAAAAAGCUAUCGUUACCAGCCAUCACACAUACACGCAUACAAAUGCCGCUUGCUCAGACAGAUCUCAUAAAGCAAGUAUUUGCGCUUAUCACCAUCUCUGGGAUUUGGAGUUAUCACAAUCCUUUUUUUUUUUUUUCUGUAUUAUUCUGUACAACCCGUUGUGGCACCGUUACUUUGCUCCACUAAUUGGAUAUUGGUAAGUGUUGCAUUAUGUUGUAAAAAGAAACGUUACAUGUCCGUGGUCUAAGUUGGGUCAAGUCGCUGAAAGUUGCCUAUUUGUGAUAAACAAUGUAGUGUCUCUUUUAAUGUAAAAAAAAAAAAGAAAUAUGAAGGACAAGAGACGUGCAGACUGUUGCUGGGAGCAGCGAAGGUUACAAUAACUAAUGCAGUAGUCGUUUUUAACUGAGAGGAAGUUGGGGUUUGUUUUUUGUCUGUUUUUGGGAUUGUUGGCUUGACUUUAAAAUAUUCAACAUUGUUUACUUACUUUUGCAAAAAGAAAAACGUGCUGGAAAUGCAUUUUAAACUACCACUAAAUUAAUUUAGGUCAUUUCUGUGCUUGCUUUGUAUCAGAUACAAAAAAAAAGAACAAAGUCAAUCCUGAGUUGAAUUGCAGCUGCACUGCACUACGCUUGUGAUGGCAGAACAUUUAAGUUGCUAUUCAUUGUAAAAGAACUUCAUACUGUCACAAAAACAUUUCACAUUUACAUGUUUUUUUUUCAUAAGCAGUUAUAAUUAAAAGUGUGAUAGAAUUUGAAUGUGAACAUAAUUGUAAAAAAAACUUUAUACAUUGUGAAACGGAGGAAAGGCAGCAUGUUAGAAAGAAUCAAAGAAAGUCUGAGGAAUCCUUUUUGGGAUUGGAAGGAUUAGUAAUCUCACACUGAUGGUGCAAAGACGUAGAGAACAAAACAUUCAGAUGAGUAACAAUGGACCACAAUGCUGCUGGUUACAAUCAGUUCAAAGUGAAUUUUCUGAAAAUACACCUUUAUUUCAAA